GUCAGAGGGAAACCUGUUGGUUUAAUGUUACUGAAAUGAGAGAGAAGAAGAAGAGGAGGAAGAGGAGGAGAAGGGACGCGACCAAGGAGAUUUCCUCGCACUCUGCAUGUUCAUACCAGGUUUGCAUUCUGACCUGCAGGCCAAUGUAAGUCGUGUUGAGUGACUGCGUGUGAAAGAGGGACCAUCACCAUCCUCAUGUCCAAUGGAGGAGGCUUUUACGGACGCACUGAGCGUGUCCGCCAGUCGCCCUACUAUGACCAGGUACCACAAGACACCUUACCGCGAUCAGACUCCUACGAUCUGCAGCCGCUGAGGGAGCAGAGAGCGCCUCGCCUCGCCCAGAGCGCCGACCCCCUCCCUCCGCCACCGCUACCAGACCUGCCUCCUGUGGGCCCCGAGUUUGAUCCCAGCGGCAGCGAGGACAACGAAGACCUGGACCACGACCCGGCCCUCGACAUUAAACCGGUCCACCGCUUCAUCCCAGACUCCGUGAAGAACUUCUUCAGAGGAAGUAACCGCAGCAGUAAGCCGCCGUGGUCGAUGCCGGCCUCCUCAUGUAACAACAACAACAGCACCACUGAGGGGGUGCGCUGCUCUCCUCCACAUUCCCCCUCUGUCCCGGGAUCAUACCGAGAUCCGUAUGGCGGCUCAGGCAGCAGCUACAACUCGCGCAAGGAGCUUCUGGAGCUACACGACGCCCAUGAGUCCAUGUCAGGGCGCACCCACCACACAGGUCUGACCUACAGCGAGCGAGUGGAGGAGUACCAUCAGCGCUACGCCUACAUGAAGUCCUGGGCGGGGCUGCUGAGGAUUCUGGGAUGUGUGGAGCUCCUGCUGGGAGCAGCCGUGUUCGCCUGCGUCUGUGCUUACAUCCACAAAGACAACGAGUGGUUCAACAUGUUUGGAUACUCGUCUCCUGGAGGAGCGUAUGGAGGAUUAUACGGUGGCGGUACAGGCGGGUACUACUAUUCCGGCCCCAAGACGCCGUUUGUGUUGGUGGUGGCGGGGCUGGCCUGGAUAGUGACUGUGAUCGUGUUGGUGCUGGGGAUGACCAUGUACUACCGCACCAUCCUGCUGGACUCUAACUGGUGGCCUCUGACUGAGUUUACUAUCAACCUGGCGCUGGCAGUGCUGUACAUGGCAGCAGGCAUUGUCUAUGUGCGAGACACGACCCGCGGAGGGCUCUGCUCCUACCCGAUGUUCAACAACGGCAUCAACGGGGCGUUCUGCAGAACAGAGGCGGGCCAGACGGCUGCCAUUAUCUUCCUGUUUGUCACUAUGGUGGUGUAUCUGAUCGGAGCCAUCGUGUGUCUGAAGCUGUGGAGACAUGAAGCUGCACGCAGAUACCGAGAGAAGUACGGCGAGGAGAUGCAUCCACCCGACCAGCGUGCUGCACAGUCUUUGAUGGCUCCAGUUUCAGCUCCUGCACCCAAAGCUCCAGAGCAGGUCCAGGGCUCCUCAGUGGUUCCCAUCCAGGCUGCACCACCUAAAGCAGCUCCACCACACAUACUGCAGGGAACCAUACCGUCAGGACACAUUCCCAAACCUGUUAUUGUGCCUGACUACAUCGCGAAGUACCCAACUAUCCGGUCCGACGAGGAGCGGGACCAGUACCGAGCCGUGUUUAAUGACCAGUACGCAGAGUACAAAGAGCUCCACUCGGAGGUGCAGGCCACCCUCAAGAAGUUUGAUGAGAUGGACGCCAUGAUGCGCACUCUGCCCCAGCACCCCACCAGCCAGAUGGAGGUUGAUCGCAUCAACAGGAUCCUUCAGGAGUACCAGAGGAAGAAAAAUGACCCGACUUUCCUGGAGAAGAAGGAGCGCUGUGAGUACCUGAAAAACAAACUGUCGCACAUCAAACAGAAGAUCCAAGAAUACAAUAAAGUGAUGGAGUGGAACGACGGGUUCGGCUAAACCUAAAACACUAACACAGGACUAAAGCUGCCGGCUGAGCAGUGCUGCUGGUGAACGUGACAUUUAACUGGGGAGUCUUUUAAAUCUGUUCAGCAGCUGUUGUUGUUGUUUAUCAGCUGUGUUGUGUAUCUGUGUUGUUUAACGACAAGAACCAAAGUGGUAAAAUGUUUUUCACUACAGGAAUAAUUCCACAGUUUGGGAAAUAACACUAAUUUGCUUUGUGGUGGAGAGUGAGAUGAUAAAACUGAUACCGCUCUCAUGUUUGGGAGAUGACUAUAAAGCUACACCCAGGAGCCGGUUAGCUUAGCUUAGCACUAAUACAAGAAGCGGGAGGGAAACAGCUAGCCUGACUCUGUCCAACGAAGACAAAGUCAGCCUACGAACACCACUACAGUUCAGUUAUUUGCACAUUAUGUCUCAUUCUUUCUUUGAAACAGAAAUACUAUGGCACAUAACCUUUAAUAUAAAAGGGAAUUUAUGUUUUUAUACUUUACACUUCCUGAUGUUUCCAGUCCGUAUGCUAAGCUAACAGUCUUCUGCAUUUAGCUUCAUUUUAUAUUAUAUAGAAGUGGUAUCAAUAUUUAUGGAAGCCUGUUUCUGCCACUGUGAUAAAAAAAAUAAAUCCUGUGAGUAAAUAUGAUGAGAAACUUCCUCGAAACAAUGACUCAGUAUCUCUAAAUAACAAGGAACAAUACAAAGUCAGAAUUUAAUUUAAAAAAAGAAGCUGUGUCAUUAUUUUCAUACUAAGUCAUUUUGCAAUAAAUAUGUUAUUGUCAAAGUUUCUCAUUAUUUUAAGAUAUUAACAUCAUUAUUUUGAGAAACUUUCUCAUUAAUUUGAGAAAGUUCAUUAUUUUAUAAAUAUUUGUCAUUAUUUUGAGUUACUAAGUCAUUAUUUUAAAUUCUAAGUCAUUAUAUUGUUAAAGUUUCCCAUUAUUUUAAAUUGUAAGUCAUUAUUUUGAGAAACUUUCUCAUUAUUUUGACAUACUAAGUCAUUAUUUUGAAACUUUCUCACUAUUUUGAGACACUAAGUCAUUAUUUGUGAUAGAUUUCUCAUUACUCUCAGAAACUUUCCCAUUAUUUCAAAUUUUAAGUCAUUAUUUUGAGAAACUUUCUCGUUAUUUUGACAUGCUAAGUCAUUAUUUAGUGAAAGUUUCCCAUUAUUUUAAAUUCUAAGUCAUUAUAUUGUUAAAGUUUCCCAUUAUUUUAAAUUCUAAGUCAUUAUUUUGUUAAAGUUUCCCAUUAUUUUAAAUUCUAAGUCAUUAUUUUGAGAAACUUUCUCAUUAUUUUGACAUACUAUGUCAUUAUUUUGAAACUUUCUCACUAUUUUGAGACACCAAGUCAUUAUUUGUGAUAGAUUUCUCAUUAUUCUCAGAAACUUUCCCACUAUUUUAAAUUGUAAGUCAUUAUUUUGGGAAACAUUCUCGUUAAUUUGACAUACUAAGUCAUUAUUUUGAAAUUUUCUCACUAGUUUGAGACAUUAAGUCAUAAUUUGUGAUAUAUUUUCUCAUCAUUCUCAUAAAGUUUCCCAUUAUUUUAAAUUGUAAGUCAUUAUUUUGGGAAACAUUCUCGUUAUUUUGACAUACUAAGUCAUUAUUUGAGAUAAGUAAAGUUGUUCGGAUACCAGUAUCAGAUAUGCUUCUUAUACUCCCUAAAAUGCUGGAUCAGUUAUCAGCAAGUGGGCCAGUCUGAGCACCGCUCUGAUACCAUUUAAUUUAUCACUGAACUUAAAGUAGUGCACACGCAGAUAAAAUGGCAGUUGCCUCGGAAAUAAAUUCUUUGCUGCUUUAAAACAGAAGCCUACACAGCAAGUUGCACUGUGCAGCCACCGGCAACUUCUGUUUUAGAGCGGAGAAACAAAUUGGUUUUCAGUAAUUAAUUUAACGUUAACUGUUAUCAAAAUGUCCGAAAUUUUCGCAGAAUUUCAAACUGGAAACUUUCUAUAGUAAAAAGGCAACGUGUUCAGUAUACGAGGGUUUAGUUUCAGCGUUAACAGUACACAGCUGUUACUUUUUUUUACACAGUAGAAUUUAAUUGCUACUCGGUAUUGGUUGUUAGACACGUACAGUAUCGGAACAAUACUUUGAGAAAGUUUCUUUUCUUUCUUUCUUUUUGUCAUCACACUGGCACUUACAGGCCUCCGUACAACUUCCCAUCUCACCCUCUGCCAAAAAGCAAAUAAACGAACGACCCAAAAACAUCAAACUAUUCCUUUAUAAAUGGUCUUAAUAUGCAAAGAGCUGUAUAUAUAUAUUCUGUAUACACUGUGUGACACUGUGAUCGUAGCUGACGCUCGCCACUUCAUCUCAUGACACGACACUGGUAUCCGUUAUGAAUGUUUGCAUGAUGUAAUCAGUGGGAGAUGGAUGAAGCUUAGAAACGUAAAAAUGAAAGAUGCUGCAUUAUUUCUGUCAAAGUUUACCUCCGCUGUUUGUGCGUCUGAUCAGCCUUCUGCCAGACUUCCUGUUUGUCGGCCAUCUGCGUAAAUUUCACAAAUGCAAUCGACUGCUCGUGCGGAUGAAUCUUCAUCUCGCUGGUUUAACGAACUGCUGUGACGAUUGUUUGGAUUGUUUUUAAUUGCACACUCUGUCUUUUUAAUAUGUAACUGUCUCCAUCUGGAAUCAUGCAUGUCUUAAUGUAGAGUUUAAAUGUUGUAACACUGUUCUACCAUUUCACACAUUAAACUUUUUGUACUUUAUUGUCA